AUGUCGAGCAUAGCAGGAGACUCGUCUACGGCAGGCGGCCACAUGCGCCAACGAUCCCGAUAUGCAUGUGCUCCCUGUCGUCAACGUAAACGCAAAUGCGAUGGCAAAUAUCCCUGCUCGACAUGUACUGGAUAUGGCUACGACUGUCAAUACAACAGUGCCCGGGGAUCCCAAGACAGCAAUCCUGCCGCCUCAUCAAACAAUUACACCAAUACCUCACCAUCACAAGGCACCAAGCGGAAAUCCCCCGCUGCUGAUCUGGAGGAACCACCAACGUUUACAUACUUUCCCCAAAAGACAUUGAGGUCAUCAUUGGGGAGGCAUGGAUUUACUACUGGAGGAGAGGCUCUUUCAUUGAAAGAAGACCGUCCGUCGACAAAUGGCUUUUUAAUGCCCUGCAAGGGCAGAUUUAUUGGCCGCCACUCAUCUGUUGCAUUUCCGCAAUGGGUGGGAAUGAAUCUGCAGUCUGCGUGCCCUCCCCGAGUGCAUUCUUUUGCAUAUAAUACCGGAGUGAGAAGAGAAUUGCCCUAUUCAGUCACGUUCAAGCUGGACGAAUAUAUCACCUGGGCAGAAGUGCACGAUUCAAUCAACAUAUACGAAACAGUGAUACACCCAGUCUUUGGAUUUGUAGACAUCGAGAAUCUCCGCCGCCGGAGUCAUGAUCACUGGCAUGACAGGCCUCAAGGAGCGAAUUUCGAGGCUCUGAUUAGUGGGAUUGUUGGGCUUGCGUCUCUGUUCUCGCAGGUGCUCUGCGAGAAUCGAGAGUUACGGGUUGUGCAGCAUGCAAAGGACAUUCUCGACGAUCCUGCCAUUGCUCGCUUCCCAACCCUCUACACCAUGUCUGCUUGGAUCUUGCGGACUAUCUACACUCGCUCGACCAGUCGACCGGGCAUUACAUGGCAGUACAGCUGCACCAUGAUGCAUCUCUGCGAGAACAUUGGGGCAUCCAGAGAACCCGACAGCAUGCAGACGGCCAACACGACAACAUCAACGACAACAACCCUCCACGAAGCCAGAGAUCUACGCGCUCGCCUCGCCAUCGUCGCGCGGUGUCUGCACGUGUUUAUUUCUUACGAACACGGCCGCUCCACCGUCGAAAUCGGGCCUAUACCAGAACACAACGUGAUCCAGCGCAAGGGCGAUCUGACGAUGCAGUUCAACGCCCUGAUCAACACCUUACCACCAGACAGCCGCAGCCAUCACGACCAGCUCUCGCGGCGCCAAGAGCUCUGCACUGCCCUAACCGAUUUGCUUGCUGCCCCGGCCGAUCACGAAUAUCUCACGCUCAUCAAAGCAGACCUCUGCUUCUGCGUCUACCGGCGCCUGCGCUUACUAGAUCUCGGCCUGAAACAAGAACCACUCGACCAAGUGAUUCGUGCGGGAAAGAUGGCGCUGCCGGCCGCGAGGAGUCUCGUGUUGCGGAAUCAUCCGUGGUGGAAUAAUGUCGGGUCGGUGUUUCAGUAUCUGUGUGUUUUGCUGGCGAUCGACAAUAGUGACAGUCUUGCGGCUAUACCAGAAGCUAUGGAGACGCUCGAGACAAUCACUAAACAUCUGCAUACGCAUCUGGCCGAUGAGGCGCUGAAUACGGCCAGGCUGUUGGUGCGAGCAAUGAAGGAGAAGAAGAGAAAAGAGUUUGACAUUUUAGAGUGCAUAGCCGGCGUUGAAACAUCAGUCAAUGAUGAUAAUAUAGACAGCAACAAUGAUAAGAUGGCCGUAAACGAAGAGACCAUGGGCACUGAGCAGCUUCUCCAGCAUCAGCAGCAGCAGUGGAGCGGGAUGGUUGACUUUACAGAUCCCAUGUGGAAUUGGGAUGCCUUUUUUGAGCCACCCAUGGCAGUGGGCUUGAUUGCAUCACCGUUUGCUGAACCAGGGGGGUUACAGUGGACAUCUGGGACUGACGCUGUUUAA